GUAGAAAAUACCCUCGAGAAUAUGACCCGCUAGGUGCGACAUGUUAUCCGGGUCUUGCACGAACAUGGCAGUGACGCUACACACAGAUUUAGGAGAUAUCAAACUUGAAUUGGCAUGCGAUGAAGUUCCAAAAACCUGUGAGAACUUCCUAGCCUUGUGUGCCAGUGGCUACUAUGACAACUGCCUAUUUCACAGAAAUAUUAAGAACUUUAUGGUUCAAACUGGUGAUCCAACAGGUACUGGGAAAGGAGGGACAAGCAUCUGGGGACAAAAAUUUGAAGAUGAAAUUAGAGAAACAUUAAAGCAUAAUGGCAGAGGUAUUCUGUCAAUGGCAAACAAUGGACCUGACACCAAUGGAUCCCAAUUUUUUAUUAUAUACUCUAAACAGCCACAUCUGGAUGGCAAAUAUUCAGCAUUUGGCAGAGUUAUAUACGGCUUUGAAACACUGGAUGAUUUGGAGAAAGUACCAGUUGAUGAAAAAAGUUACAAACCAACUACAGAGAUACGAAUCAGGAAUGUGACAAUCCAUGCUAAUCCACUGGCUGACUGAUUUCAGUCACU